AUGUCACCCAGUUCUACAGCCGACCCUCACCAUGUGCCCAUGCCGCCCCUCACCGCCAAGAUGCGCGGCCACGGCGUCGUCCGGCACAAGCCCGAGAGCGCGCGCAUACAGGCCCACCUCCUCUACGAGGGCACCGUCUGGGGCACAGCCAAGCGCGCGCUCAUCAACGAGAUGAACCGCAUCGAGAUCGAGUUCUGCUCCCCCAGCGGCGCCGAGGACGCGCCCUCGCUCGAGGCCCUGGAACUGGCCGACCCGGAUCCGACCCCCGCCGAGGCAGACGGCUACAAGGGGAAACAAAAACUGCGAAUGUCGGCGGGCGAGUUCAUCAACCGCUACCCGAGCAAGACCGCAGUGGCCCCGUACCGCACCACCACCACCCCCAUCCCACCCCGCAACGAGUUCUGGGCUGGCCCCGUGCACAACACCACGCGGCAGGCCACGGCCGAGGAGAUUGGCGGCCGCAAGGGCGCCUUGCUCUACGCCGUCAGCGCCACGGUCCGCCUGCUGUUUCGCGACUUUGACCGCCUCGGCGCCUUUAUCCAGACGCGCAUCGGAAGCCCCUACGCCAGGCUGGAAGGCCCCGAGUGGGAGAUUUCGGAACCAACGCGUGCGCGCCUGGCCGCCGCCGCUGCGAGGCGCGCCUUUGAAGAUGCGUAUUCGCAGGCGGUCGUGUACGGGGAGUUCCUGGGUCCGAUGAGAAUCCAGCCGGUCGAGAUUGUCCAGGACGGGAGGGACAAGAUGGUGUUUGAAACGGACGAGGAGACCGAGUUUGGGCCCAGUCUGCUGACGGCACUGACGACGAUGGGGCAGACGCCGCAGGAGGCGAGGGUUUCUGUGACGUGCGAUGUGACUUUUAUUAUUGAUUGA